AUGGGUCCGAAAGUAAGCAUCCUGAAAAACAGUACCCGGGCUGCCAUAACUGACUGUUGGCGAACAGUGCUCGAGAAUUACGACAAUGAUUACUCAAAAGUUGGCGUCAAUAUAUAUGCGGUACUUUUUUCAUUCGUUAUAAGGAUAUUUGAAAUAUGUCCAGAGUUACGGCAAGUUUUCCACAUACCGCGAGAGGCGCAAGAUAUCAGACAUCAUGAGCCAUUUCAUCGAUCCGGAAAAUUACUGGCAUCGGUGAUCGAUUUAUGCAUCCGGAAUAUUUAUAAACUUGAAGCCGAAAUGGAAGCUGUUUUGGUCAGUUCUAGGCUUUUUUUUGCAGCUAUCGUUUUUUUACACGCAUGGCAGUUGCUUCUUUUAUGA